UUUUCUUCUCUGCUUCCGGGGUCUCUGCAACGAUUUAGAGAGAGAGAAAGAGAGUGAUUUAGAGAGAGAAUGGCGAGAUCACCACCGUUGAUCACACUUCCAUUGCUGACCAUCUUCAUAGUCGUCCAACUGUCUGCAACCGCAGAUGGAUUGUACGGCCCAUCGUCGCCUGUGGUUCAGCUCAAUCCCUCCAACUUCAAGUCCAAGGUUCUGAACUCAAAUGGGGUUGUUUUGGUUGAGUUCUUUGCACCUUGGUGUGGCCACUGUAAAGCUUUGACACCCACAUGGGAGAAGGCAGCUUCUGUUUUGAAAGGCGUUGCCACUGUGGCAGCUCUUGAUGCUGAUGCUAACCAGGCCCUCGCUCAGGAAUAUGGGAUUAGAGGAUUUCCAACCAUAAAGGUCUUUGCACCAGGGAAACCUCCGGUGGAUUACCAAGGAGCUAGAGAUGUCAAACCCAUUGCAGAAUUUGCACUCCAGCAGAUAAAGGCACUUCUCAAAGAGCGUUUAAGUGGAAAGGCAACUGGAGGAUCAAGUGAGAAAUCUGAAAUCAGUGCAUCAGUAGAAUUGACUUCCAGCAAUUUUGAUGAACUGGUGCUUAAAAGUAAAGAUCUUUGGAUUGUCGAGUUCUUUGCACCUUGGUGUGGACACUGUAAGAAGCUGGCUCCUGAGUGGAAGAAGGCUGCUAAUAACUUGAAGGGGAAAGUGAAGCUGGGGCAUGUUGACUGUGACUCAGACAAGUCUCUGAUGAGCAGGUUUAGUGUGCAAGGAUUCCCCACUAUCUUGAUGUUUGGUGCUGACAAAGAUACUCCAGUACCUUAUGAGGGUGCAAGAACUGCCUCAGCAAUUGAAUCAUUUGCUCUGGAGCAGCUGGAAACGAAUGUUGCACCCCCUGAAGUGACUGAGCUGACUGGCCCAGAUGUCAUGGAGGAGAAGUGUGGCUCAGCUGCCAUUUGUUUUGUUGCUUUCCUUCCUGACAUUUUGGACUCCAAGGCAGAAGGAAGGAACAAAUACCUUGAGAUGAUGUUAUCAAUUGCAGAGAAGUUCAAAAGGAGUCCUUACAGCUAUGUUUGGGCAGCAGCAGGUAAGCAGGCAGAUCUUGAGAAGCAGGUAGGCGUUGGGGGAUACGGGUAUCCAGCUUUGGUAGCCUUAAAUGUGAAGAAAGGUGCAUAUGCUCCACUUAAGAGCGCAUUUGAGUUAGACCAGAUUAUAGGGUUUGUGAAGGAAGCUGGACAUGGGGGAAAAGGCAUUCUGCCUCUGGCAAGUACUCCUGUGGUUGUGCAGACAGAGCCUUGGGAUGGUAAAGACGGGGAGAUCAUUGAAGAGGAUGAGUUCUCCCUUGAAGAACUCAUGGGGGAUGAUGCUACCAGUUAGGAUGAGUAGUUGCCAUUCUUAAUGAGUUGAGAGACUACAACAGAGGAAGACUGAAAAUCCAAGGCUAUGACUGAUUUUGAUGUCAUGAGAAAAGCGUUGGUGGCGCCAUGAGUCAUUUCUAUUGUUAGUGUAUUUAUAUAGACCUUUUUCCUUAAUGAUGAAGAUUUUCUUGCAAUCAAUGCUCUCAUAUUCCCCCUAUUGCGCAAAA